UAGAGUCUAGAUCUAGAAUCUAUAUUAAAAUUUAAACAAUAAAAAAGUAUUAGAUCUAGCCUAUCUAUUACAUCUGGAUCUAAAUCUAGUCACUACUGUCACUAGUCUAGAGCUUCUACAAUCUUUUCUUCAUUAUAGUCUGAUAGAUAAAAGAUUUCGUUUACUUUAGUUUUAUUAGAUCUAUAUUUUUCGUAAAUUAUGACUUCAUGGAUCAAUUCUUUUCUGUUGCUAUUCAUAUAUUGCCAAGUCUCAGUGUGCAUACAACUGAAGUACUUUGAAACAUUGAGUUCAAUUGUUGAAAGAUCUUUUACAAAAAGGGAUUCAGGAGUUCAGGAACUGAUCAAACAUUUAAGCUUUAAAUUUCUGAACAGGACUUUUGAGGUGCGUUUGAAAUCCGGAACAUCCGUUUUGGCAAAAAAUUUUAAAUCCUAUUUGGUUCAAGAAGAUGGAAGAAAAGAAGAAUUUCUCUUUGAUGAAAGCAAUGUGUAUACUGGACAUCUUUCUGGUAAACCCUCUGUAUUUGUCAAUGCUCAUAUGGAAGACACCCUAUGGUCAAUUCAUAUAAUUGAAGAGGAUGACAUCUAUGCUGUUGAGCCUGUUCAUAAUCAUUUGAAACCAAGUGAAAAUCCUCAUGAACAUCCUAUGUUCGCUUACAGAGCUUCAGACCUGCUAGUUAAAGAGGGUAGAUGUGGUGUGAAGAACUCAGCACAUGUCAAACACUUAAAAAAUGGUGAUUUAGUCAGUUAUAAUGUAGUCAACAAAAACAACUCAGCAACAGGAAGUCGAAAAGAAAGAGGAGCCACGGGCCCUAGAAAUACCUGUCUUCUUCACCUAGUUGGUGACUAUGACUUUUUCAAUUUCCGAUGCAGGAAGAACUUUGUCUUGUGCUCAUCUUUAAUUGUUAGCUAUGUCAAUGUCGCUGACAACAUUUACCAAACAUCUGAAUUUGUGAAUGCAGAAGAUGAAUCUGUUGGAUGUAUAAGACUUCAAAUUGCAAAGUUGGAACUAUACCAGUCGUACACAGUCUCUGAAACUAGAGGGGAACUUCCACAUUUCAAUGCUAAAGGUUAUCCUUGGGACAGCGAUAAAAAGCUAGCAGCUUUUGGCACUGCGAUGACCUACCAAAAGAAAGUUCAGUGCCAUUUCCAUUUGUUUACACAGCAUCCCAUGCCAGAACGUGUUUUAGGAUUGUCCUAUAUAUCAGGUGCUUGCGCAGAAAUCUAUGUGGGUAGAUAUCUGUAUAGUUGUGGGAUAACCUCUGGAACUGACAUAGCCACUGGGGAAAUCACAAGUCUGCAAAUGAAUCUUGUCUUUGUGCAUGGUCACAACCUUGGAAGUGAGCAUGACCCUAAUACUCCUGAGUGCUCAGCCACUGAGUCCAGAGGUGGAGACUUCCUGAUGUGGGACAGAGCUGUCUCAGGCAAAUACCCCAAUAACAAAAAAUUUUCUCCGUGUUCGUUGAAACUUAUUGGUAUUGCCAAAAGAAGUUUUUACUGCCUUACUGAGUUUAGCACAGUCAACAAAUUUUGUGGCAAUGGUAUUGUUGAUGAAGGAGAAGAAUGCGAUGCUGGUGCCAGGCAGCAAGAGGACCCUUGCUGUGAUGACAAGUGUCAGUUGAAACCACAAGCCAUGUGCAGUGAAACAAACAGACAAUGCUGUGUGAACUGCAAGAUGGCCCCAAACACAACAGUCUGUUCAGAUUCUGGAACAGCUGAAUGUCAAAAGAAGAGUUUCUGCACUGGUCAAUCUUACGAAUGUCCACAGAGUGAGAAAAUGGAUGACUGGACUCCCUGUAUAGCUGAUGGCUUUUGUUAUGAUGGUGAUUGCAAAGGCUUUUGUGAGAUGAAAAGUGUGCAAACAAAAAAAGAUAUCCAGCCUUGCCUGUGUAGAGAUGAGAUCAAUGCUUGCAAGGGAUGCUGUUUUGAUAACUCUGAUCCUAAGAAUCCUGGAGACUGUCAAGUACAUAACAAUCAAACAUAUAAAGAUGGCCGACAGUGCUAUGCUGGAUAUUGUGUGGCCGGUGUGUGUAAACCUUUUCUGACUUCUUCCAUUAAAAGAAUUGCUGCGUUUUUGAAAAACAUACAACUUUCAUCAUUGACCAAAUUCAUGAGAAGCAACAUCGCACCUACUGUCAUAUUUCUGAGCUUAUUAAUUUGGAUUCCUUGCUCCUGCCUGAUAAGUAGAUUUGAUCGAGAUGCCAGACAUGAGCGUGAAAUAGAAUUGUUCAUUCAGCGUUCAUUAAUGGCCAAAUAAUGAGAACACUAAGAGAGUUGAGAUCUUGUGACAUCCACCAACAGAAUAAGUUGAGAACAGUGAUAGAGUUGAGAUCUUGUGACAUCCACCAACAGAAUAAGUUGAGAACAGUGAUAGAGUUGAGAUCUUGUGACAUCCACCAACAGAAUAAGUUGAGAACAGUGAUAGAGUUGAGAUCUUGUGACAUCCACCAAUAGAAUAAGUUGAGAACAGUGAUAGAGUUGAGAUCUGAUAAAAAAGCUCAAGAAAGUUUUCUACAAUUAUUUUUCUUUUUGCUGUUAUUAGUUUGUUGUUUCUUGUUUUUUUUUUUUUAUAUUUUGUUUUGUUCAGUGCCUUUUUAAAUGUUACUUUCUUUUCAGAUGGUCUUUCUAUUUUGUUGUAUUUAUGCUGGCAAGAAUAAAGAAAACUACUUUGAAUAUAGAUAA